AUGGUGGGGCUGAGAAACCGCUCUACAUGGGAACCACUGCUGCUCAAGGCCUCCUGCAUCAAGUCCUGCGCCAACGGCUGCUCCCUGGGCAUCACCGCAAACCUUACUUAUGCCAACGCUGAUGUAGAGUCUGUAGAAGGUGUGUUCGUGUACCCUCUCGGGGAGAGGGAGGUUGUGGUGGACUUUGAGGCUUCCAUUGCGGGUCGACUGGUGGGCGUCCAGAUACAGAACCGAGGGAAGCUGAAGGACUGCUGUCUGGAUUGCUGCCCUUCGUCUGGUUUUGAGGGCCACUGUGGGAAUGGCCGGGAGUGGGGCUGCUGUGGCAGCUCCAGCCACGACAUUCAUUGCACCAACGGGCAUCUCAUCCUGGACGAAGACCUUGAGAGAACCACCUUCAUCGUGGGCACAGGGGUAAUCGGCCCCAUGGAUAUAGUGUCCAUUAUCAUAAGCACCACACUCGAACUCCCCACGUUAGAAAAUGGAGCAAUCCGCAUCGUCUACCCGUCAUUACUGACGCCAAUCGUCACCGGCCAGAUGCCCCAAAGCAAGAGUGAAAGUGGGGGGAAAUUAGAAGAAACUGGAGCAACCAGCUGUUUUGGUGCCACCUCAGGAAAACAGGACCGGGUGCUGGAUGCCGAGCAGCAGUGUGCCCACACCAUCUUCACCAGUCCAGCUGCCAACCUGGCACCUUAUGAGCUCAACUUCCAGCUGCUUGUCAGAGGGGCCUGCCUGCUGGCCGGGCUGGAGAGCCCCACUCAUGCUCUGAGGGCAGAUGCAGACCCCAGCGCCCAAAGUGCCUCUGCCACCUACAUCACUUUGGCCCAGGAGCAUCCGUACGACAGACACAUAGAGAUCAUUCUGCACCUCAGUGAACCUCACAGCCCACUGGUCAUCUUAGAGAGAGGCAGACUGUCCUUCAGCCAGUACGAGCAGCAGAUCAGCUCCCGUCGAGAUUUCAUCCGCUGCACCCGCAAAGAUUCAGAGCUUGAGAGGAAGCUGGAGUUUGUGAGGAAGCGGCACCACAAGGACAUUCUGAGCAGCCCCGUCCUAAUGCUCAACUUCUGUCCUGACUUGCUGCGUGAACCUCUGGAGCUGCACAAGGCCACCAGAGAGCUGCUGUUCCUCGUGGACCGCAGCGGCAGCAUGAGUGGCACCAACAUCCAUCGUGUUAAGGAAGCCAUGGUGGUGGCACUGAAGAGUCUCCCCUCUGGCACCAUGCUCAACAUCGUGGGCUUUGGCACCACCAUCAAGCCUCUGUUCACCUCCAGCAAGCUCUGCACUGAUGUCACUCUCAUGCAGGCAUAUGAAUAUGUCCAAAGGAUGAGAGCUGACAUGCGAGGCACCAACCUCCUGGGGGCACUGUCCUGGGUGUACCAGCAGCCCAUGCAGCGCUCCUAUCCUCGCCAGGUCUUCAUCAUUACGGAUGGGUCCAUUGGUAAUGUGGCCAAAGUGCUGGAGCUGGUCCGCAGAAACACGUGUGCUGGCAGAUGCUUCAGUCUGGGCCUGGGUCCUCGAGCCUGCAGGCGACUCCUGCAGGGCGUCGCCAAAUUAACAGGAGGCACCACAGAGUUCUUGGAUGAUGAGGAGAGACUCCAGCCCAAGUUUAUCAAGUCUCUGAAAAAGGCCUUUGAACCUGUGCUCACUGACGUUCGGAUUGACUGGUACCUGCCAGAAAACAUGGAGGCCCUUCUUUCACCCAAUGAAAUUCCUCCACUCUACACAGGGAAUCGCCUCAUUGGAUAUUGCACAUUGUAUGAUAUGACACGUUUCAUAUCAAAGAAGACAGAGACUCAAGGACGGGGCUACAAAAAUGUGCACAGAGGCUCCACUGGUUCAGUUUUUGGUCAGUCCAAUGAUGAGCUUUCACCUCCCCCGGCCUCUGAACUAAUGCCUGUAGUGACAUGUGCAGAUGGAACCGACCUGGAGGACGCACUGAAGGAGAUCUCCAGAGAAAUUUCCUCCGAGUUCUCCUGUGCCAGAGACACAGACCCUGGCACCAGCCCAGGUGGGGAGCUCAACUGGUCCAGUGAUGUGAGGAGGAGGAUCCAGGAGAGCGCUUACAUCCAGGAGCAGUACGUCCUCACCCGCUGCUCCCUCAGCAGUGAGCGGAGUCUACAGACACAGUCCCACUCAGCAGCGGGGACGUUUUUGCCCGACCCUCAGUCCUCUGAUUCCGUGUUGGACACAGGGUCUUUACCCCAAGGCCUUGAGAGAAUCCCGCCUCCAGAUAAGAGAUCUUCCUUGUCUCGGUGGGCUGACGCUGCAUGGCAACAGAACCUCUCGGCUGAAACUCCUGAUAAUGAAGCAAAAAAGAGCGUGCGCCUGGAUGGAGGUGAAGAACCCGGUAGGAGACAAAAAGCUUUGGCCCGUUCAACCAUGGCAGCACGAAGUUUCUCGUCCCCCCAAGGCGAGUUGGAGAUGCAUCGCCUGAGGAGAGCUCUGGAGAGGGUCUCCUUCGACCAGACACUGGGAGGGAGGCUGGACGAAAGUGACGGGGAGACAAAGCCCCCAUCAGGAGGGACACUGUCCCGCAGAAGCCUCACUGACUCUAAUGGACUCCUGUUCCCCGCCUCUCCUUUGGACUGGGACAGCUUCACAGAUCCAGAGUACCUCUUCUCUGCAGUUCAGCUGGAGGAUCCUCCUCCAGGUCAGUGCCGCUCGCUCAUUCACGGCUUGCUCGGCGGCAGGCCUGUGUCCUGGGAGGUCACUGUUGACCUGGGGCACCUCUGGACCCCAGAGGGCCAGGAGACACCAGGAGGAGCUGAGGGAGGACAAGGAAAAGGAGGGGAAGAAGGAAGAGGGGAAGAACCAUGGGAGGAGAUCAUUCACCAACUGACAGCUCGUUCAGUUAUAAGAGACUUUGAGAAGAUGGCAGAGAAGGAGAGUGACAAUGGACAUGGUUCAGCCAAGCGAUACCGUAUGAAGGCCAUCCAGACCAGCAAGCACUGUAACAUCAUCUGCAUGUACACAGCCUUCUCUACCACUGACAGCAACACCAACAAAGGCUUACCAGACAGCACGGAUGUCAAAAACACAGGUAUGCAUUCAGGGAACAGGAGUUUGCAGUCAGGUAGUCGCAGGCAGCAGACCUAUUCUGUAGGUCUGGGCCGACGGCGUACCAGUAGAGACAGUGAGGAGAUGGAGGACAACUGGAACUCGACAGACAGAGAUGACACUCCUGCCUCACCAUGUAGCCUUACAUCCUGGGACUCUAGUAUAGGGGGUAGCGGCCACUCUGCUACAGCCCCAGCAAUAUCAGGCACCUCGUGCACUCGCUCACAGCGAUCCAUAGAGAGCAAGUCAAUGGAAAGCUUCUUUGGGACCAGGUUCCCCCUGGGCAGACUCAGGUCCUCCAUCUCAUCAGGAAAGCAGGUUCCUCUCAAGUCUCACUGUUUGUCUGCAGAGACUGAGACACAGCCUGAAACUGAAGCACCGGACUACCUGCCCCUGGUGCGCCUGCAGCUGGCUUCAGGAGCUUAUCUGCUGACAGAGACCUUCUCAGACUGUGUCCAGAUCCCCCUGGACCGCCUUAAAAGAGCUUCACCAUACAGCCUCCACCGUCGCAGCCUUAGCCCACCUUUCCGCUGUACAUCUCCCAGUGCUCCGUCUUUAUCCACCUCUGCAAAGCCUCUGGGUGCUUCCUCCAGUCACCAUGUUACCUCUUCUCCUACCUACUGCGUCUUCGCCAAAACUGUACCUCCCUUCCACCACACUCCAGACGACACUCCCCUGAUGCUGGAACCAAGGCUUCGCCGGAGACACCUGUCUGACCGCGACCAUGUCACCUCACACCCUGACCUCCCCAGCCUUGAGGAGGGCCUCUACCAGAGUCAGAGGUACGGCCAGGCUGAUAGCGGUCGUGGAUCAGAGACAGAUGUGUAUGAAGGCUCUUCAGUAGAUCCAGCUGACCUCAAGGUGAGCUGCCAGUUGGCCCUAGAGGACCUGGAGGGCUCGAGCUGGGCCACAGCUGUUGCGCUUGCCUGGCUCGAGCACCGCUGUGCUGGCUACUUCAUGGAGUGGGAGCUGGUGGCAGCAAAAGCAGACUUCUGGCUGCGCUGUCAGACGCUGCCUGAGGGAUUGGACCUGGCCGGCCUGAAGGGAGCUGCCAGACAGCUGUUCCUGCUGCUGCGCCACUGGGACGAGAACAUCAAACUAAACAUGCUGUGUUACAACCCCAACAACAUGUGACACAAUCACCUCUGAGGAAACUGAGCCAAAUCUACUAAUCUGCAUACUCACUUUUUAUCAAUGACUGACUCUAAAGAUGCAACAUGGAAAAGUGUAUCUAGUGUUUUCUCUGCAGGGUCAGCUUAUACCAUAACCCAAGGUCAAUUUAAUAUUCAGUUGCAGAUGAAAGAUUUUGGGUGGUACAGCUGUUCCUCAAGGCAAGGUGGACCAUUCAAAUCACUGUUCUCUCCAUGUUUGAGUGGGUUUCAUCCUCCCACAGUCCAAAGACAUGCAGACAGGAGUUGCUUGGAGACCUGUCCAGGAUGUACCCCACCACUCGCCCAAUGUCAGCUGUGAUAUGCUCCAGCCCUGCCUGGAACUCAAAGGAUAAGUGGUAUUGAUCAUGGAUGGAUGGAAGACUUACUGAUGUGAGAAGUGAUGUUAAUGCAACAUGACUGUCCUUUACCUGACAGCAGACACAUGGCCUUUUGUUAUAAAAAAGCUUUAUGUAAUCACGAGAAUGCCUUGAUCCCCUGAGUGAGCUUUUGUUAGUAUAAGUUGAAGCUUCCUGUCAGUAUAAUGUUGUUACUUUACCAUCACAAUCA